AAUCGUAUUGAAGUAUCCCUUACACAACCAGACAAUGUUAUGUUACAAGAUGAUAAAUCAGCCAUUGUAUCAUCAUCUCAAUUUGACACAAUGAAUCAAUUAAAACAUAAUAUUAUAAAUCAAAGUAUUAUAACUGCUCGGGAAAUGGCAGAGAAUUCUGCUCAAAUUAUUCUGAAUGAAAUGCAAAAAUUAUUAUCCUUCAAACAUGAUGAUCAACACUCACAUGAAAUACACAUCACUGUGGUUAAUGCUAUUGAAGAUCGUCGAUUUCAUAUGAUGCAACGUGGCAAUGACAUGAUAAAAGAAAAGUUAGCAACAUAUUUAAGGCAAAAUUAA